UCGCUGGUCCUUCUGAAGGAUUUCUCUCAUUCUAAUUCUCUCCUGUUGUUUCCUGCAUGAUGCAGGAUUGCAGAAAGAUUUGGGUUCCUUACUGACAUAAGUUUAAGAAUGCUUACAAAUAUUUAGCCUGAAACAAGUGAUCCUAUAGUCAGAUGACGUUACUUUCUUCUGACUCAACCUCUGUGCAGAAUUUUGGGAGUGCUUGGUGAAUAACCACUGCAGAAGAAACAAAAGUAAAAAUAAUUUGAUGGCUGGAAGCUAAGAUUAAAAAACAAAGUUAUUUUAGUCAAAAUCAAGAACAUUUUUAUUAAACGUAUCUUAGUUAAAUUAGAAUUAAAAUAGAAUUUCUGGUGUUAAUCUUAACUUGUUCUUUAAUGUCUGGACCACUUUCUGAGCUUUUUGAUUAAUGGAAAAAAAACUCCACUCUUUCUUCCAAGAUGGAGAAAUAUUUUGUUUCCUUUUUGUUGAAAAUGAAUCCUUCAAACCGGUUCUGCAGCCUUUUUCCGGUUCUGGAGCCCGGUGUGCAUGCCACUGGACUGAGGUAGGCGUCUCCACCUCCUGCAGACUGCUGUAUAAAGAUGCUGCAGACGCUGCUGCUGCUCCCGCUGGUGUCGGCCUCUCAUCACUUUGGGGGAACCGUGAGCUUCAGCUACAAAGGAACAAAUCCUGAUGGAUCCUUCAAGGUUUCCUUUCGUAACAAGGCCACCUAUGAUGGAUGUCAGUUUAGUCACUACUGGUCCUGCUCCAGAGGGAACUGUGGCUCCACCAACGAAGGGCAAAAAACUGUGAUUGACAGCAGUAGCAAUGCUCCCAUCUACAACAGCCAAUGGUGUGAAACGGAAACAGUGGAAACAAGAACUGUUGGGAGUGACAAACCAUUUGAACUGAGCGAUCAGAGCUGUUGCUGGGUUGCAACACGAAACGGUGUCAAUAACUGGAGACUGAAUACUCUGGUGGAUCUGGGAAGAAGAUCUGACACCGGAAAACCAAACAAUUCACCAGACACUGCCAUUCUUCCCUUCAUGAGAGUUCCUGAAAACUGCCCGCGGUCAUACAAGCUGAUGGCCUUUGAUCCUGACGGUGACAGAGUCCGCUGUCGGUAUGGAAAAUACAAUGACAGAGAGUGUGACGGAUGUGAUCAACCAUCAGGCUUUCACCUUGAUGAGGUUGGUUCAAAAACAGUUUUGUACAAGAAUAUCACAAACACAAGAAGUCGUGCUUUGCCAACUUCAGUUGUGUGGACUUUUCCCCCUUCAGGAUUCCUGCACGUUGCACUAUCAGCAGGGCAGUGCUGACCCAAGAGUCUAUGGCUUUGAGAUGGUGGUAGAAGAUUAUUCCAGACAGCAUAUUGAUCUGUUUUACUCAGACGGAUCAAAGGCCCACAAGCAUCCACUGCUGGCCAGAAGGAAGAGGAGUGUGUUUGUGGAGAGUUCUACACCAUCCCCUCAAAACCAAUCAGAGCCAAUCACACUACCACCAUCCCCAACAUCAGCAGCAAGCCGUUGGAUGUGGCCAACAUCAACCACACCACCAACAACAACAACAACACAAACAACAACAUUACCAACGACAACAACA